UGCCCCAGCUGUUUCCUGUUGAAAAUGUCUGUGUAAUGUAGAUAAAUGUGAGGGAUUUUCUCUCUAAAUCCGUCUCCUGUUCGCUAAAUCUCACUUCUCCAAAACGAGCCUGCGCAAUGGAACAAAGUGGGAAUAUUGAGAUGUGACAUUGCCCCGCAUCUCGUCCUCUUUCUUUGCCCCGAUUUCUUUUAUUUAAUGACUUCAAACAAGUCGCUCAUUUUCGCCGGGCUUCUUUGUCUUUUUGCGGAGAUCCGCGGUGAUGUCUGGCGCUGCUUCCUCCCGGUGGCAUUUAUGUGACGUCCUCAAGGGUGCGAUGUGCUGUAUCUCCUGUGGCCACACCCUCUCACUACUGCUGUGCAUCCUCACCCUGACUCCGACGGCAACAGGGGCGGGUCCGGAGACCCUGUGCGGGGCGGAGCUGGUCGACACGCUGCAGUUUGUCUGUGGAGAGAGGGGCUUUUAUUUCAAUAAACCAACAGGCUAUGGGCCCAGCGCAAGGCGGUCGCAUGGCAUCGUGGACGAGUGCUGCUUCCAGAGCUGUGAGCUGCGGCGCCUGGAGAUGUACUGCGCACCCGCCAGGACUAGCAAGACAUCUCGGUCUCCUCGCGCACAGCGCCACACAGAUGUGCCAAGGACACCCAAGGUCAGCAACCCGGGACAUCGAGCGGACAAGGGCACAGAGCGCAGGACGGCGCAGCAGCCAGACAAGACAAAAAACAAGAAGAGACCUUCAUCUGGACAUAGUCAUCCAUCCUUCAAGGAAGUCCAUCCGAAAAACUCGAGUCGAGGCAGCUCCGGGGGCAGAACUUACCGAAUGUAGGGAAGCACCGAAUGGACAACACCUUAGGAAGAGAGAAGGGAGUGGCCUUACCUGGUACCCCAUUGGAAUGGUUCACUGUAUAACAAAACGAAGCUAAAAAUGGCCUAAAAGCUUUAAAACAGUAGAAAAGUUGAGUUAAAAGGUUGGAUGAGGGUACUUGUGAUCAUCUUAAACACUGCACCAUUCCAUAUCGGGAGGAAAUCUUUGUUAACUCAAUCUAACAGACUAGUUUAGCUGCUAAGACACUAUAAGAGCUUGCUAUACCUCCAUGUUUAAACGGCAACAACCACCUUCCUUGGCUCCAGUGAAGGUGGGGUCGUCACCCAAACAGGAAUAGUUGGUCACAUCCUUUUCACUCUUCUGAUUACUUCUGUGUCACAGCCACAUAUAGCAGUUACUAUCCCUGUUCAAAUUCAAUUCUAUCUUAAGCGUUUGUUUUUAUGCACUAUGCAUUACUGUGGAUAUGUUGUUUAUCUGAAAGACCAACACCAUGUUGUGUAUUGUCGGACUUUUAAACGUUGCUGUUGUUAAUUUCCUUUUCAAGCCCCACUUUAACCAUAAUUUGUAGGUUUUAAUUUUUUAAAAAUAAUAAGCUUUUCAAUUUACCCAAGAUUUCUGUCUUCUCAGUUUGUCAUGGUUGUUAAAACUCAACAGAAAUGGGUCAGUCAGUGGAUUCAAAGUUCAGCUGGCAUAAAUGAGAGCGCUAAUCAAAUAGUGACAAUCAGCCAUUAUGUUUGUUUUCUGUUAGCUUUUCACAGGUCACCAGUUUUUCCAGAUAUGAUUGCGAAAACUCCAGAUACCUGGAGACAAACAUGUUGUACAAAUCAUGAAUGAUCAGUUUUUUGAAAGUAACUUCUUUAGAUAAGACAAAGAAAAAACUAAAAUAUUGGAGCCAAAAACUAAAUUAACCACGCUGCUAUUUUUUUUUUUUUUUCUUGGACGUUUAUGUCAUAAAUCACCACAAAGUUGUGAAAUGGGGGAAUCCUGCAGGUCUGUCAGGAUAUACCCCGUCCUGCUUUCAGACUGACAGUUACAUCAAUUUUUAAAAUUUGCCUUUUUUAUUAUUAUUGUUAUUUUAUUUUAAACUUUGACUAGACCAUUCCAAAGUAGCUCCUUCUUUACUAGUUUACCUGUAAAUAGGCACAACAAUUUUUUUCUGGAUGAUAAAAUGCCAACAAAAGUUAUUGUGAUAAACAAUAAUAUUGUUGUUUGGAGAUUGUUUUCAACUAAUAUGAGAAAUAAUUUUCAAAAAUCAGUAAAGAAAAAUACAGAAAUAACAGAUAAAAUGAAUAAUAAAGUCUCCAUUAACAAAACUGUUCUUCUAAAAAGGGGUAAAUCGAGACUUUUGUCAUCCAGUUUUUGAAAAACUAUAAUCCUGGAAAUGAUUAUUUGCAUUUGUUUAGAUUUGUCAUGCAAAUAAUUGAUUUAUUAGCUUCACUAAUCUUCCCUUUGACACUGAUUGGUUCCCUGGUCCUGCAAAGUAAAAGCAUUUACACAAGAAAAAGAACAAAAAUCCCAAAUUUUGUCUCAUCUGACUUUGUCAUUUUCUUCUACAUGUUUGCUUCAUUCCUUGUGUGGCUUUUGGUAAAAUUAAACAGCAUUUCUUUCACAAAUCUCAGUUUCUCUGUGCAACUUUUCCACAAAAGAAAUAUUUGUAAAGAGCACAACUAACAGUGGAAAAACAUAAUUUUUUCCAUUUCUCAAUUCUAUUACCGGUAGUUAAAAUCCCAGUGAAAUACGGUGAAGUUUGUGGCUACAACAUGAUGAAAUGUUGAGAUUUAGUAAAGUUUAGCCUAAUUAUCAGCCUAUGAUUUCUUAUUUAACAGAGGACUAAUACUAGUAUUGUAUAAUUUGAUGCAAUGACAACCAAACAGCACAGCAUCCGUUUCAAAGUCCACUGGGAAGUCAUGCAAAAUAAACUGGUAAACAUGACCAACCAGCGUCUGACAGGGGAGAUGCAGCAUUGCAACAGUACACAAUUACACUUAUAAAUAAUCCAAAUAUGACUAAGGGUCAAGAUCACCUUCACAAAUUUCACAAACAAGCCAGUUCAGAGAAGUUACUGCAUGAUAAUUGACAGGAAACAGUUUUUUUUUUUUUUUGUCUGAGCCUCCCUGAAAAAGCCCCAAAGACGGCUCAUAUCUGGCUCUGUCUCCUCUCUCUGUGUAUAAUCAAACUGUACUCCCAUUAUGUUAACCUUUGCAUUACUAUCACUCAUUGUACAUGAUGGUUUCAUAUAGCAAAACUGUAUUAAAAAUCCUAUCCACUGUAUAAUGGUGCUAUUUUAUAGUUUGGUACUUGCAAAGAGAUGGCUAAGACAGACGAAUGGCAGGGCUUACAUUGGAGGUCUUCCCUUUUGCACAGCCUUGUGGCCACCAUGUUAAUAGUGAUUUUAUUUGUGAGCAGUUUCAGUAGUGGAAGCAAGUAAAUGUAUCUGUGUGAUCUCUGUGAAUGCAUGGAGACUAAAACGAGAAAAAAAAACAAAAAAAAAGAAAAUGAGUAUACAAUGUUGUGGCCCCAAGAAGGCAAAAUGCUAUUUUUUCUACUACUCUUAAAUUAUUUUCUCAACAUAAGUCCCUUUUGCCAAAUGUCUUGAGAAAAAUACUGUGAUUCUUCCAGUUGUGUUUAAGCUUGUUAAAGGUCAUGGUGUGCUCUUGUCUGUCCAGAGUGUGUGCGUGCGUCCAUAUGCCUCCCUGGAAGCCAAAGUAUAUAUAACAUUAGGGGAACUCAAAGUGGGAUUAUGCAACUUUUACUUGACGUCCUCUAUUGUUCGUAGAAAGUAAUUGCAUUUUGUUCAUUAGUAUAAUUGUUCCUGUGAUACUUUACAUUGUUUUUAUAGUUUGCAUGAUCAUAUUUAAGUAAUUUAGGUAAAAAAUAUUUUCCUUGCAAAAAUUACUUCAACUUAACAUGAUUUCGCUGUCCUGAAAAUCCAUCUAUAUUAGGAGGUUAUACAUUUUAUUUUGUAUUAAAAACCAGAACUUGUACUUGUGAAUGAAUUGGCACCUAAACCUAGCAGCAACAAAUAUAACUAAUAUUAGCUUUAACUUUGUUAACUGAGGCUACCUUCACACUGCAGCCUAAAGUGACCCAAUUCUGAAUUUUUUUUGUCAAAUCGUGUUUUUGCGGCAUGUUGUUCACUCUUCCAAAUACACGCAACAUGUUUGUGUUCUCUAGCAUGAAUUGUAAACUACCUGAAAGUGUUCCGCAUGCGCAGUAGAGGGCGCAAUGACUUCACAAAUUGAGAGCGUGCGCAGCAUUUGCGGAAGUAAACUUGGAUGCUAACGGUGGAGCUUAGCUUACAAUUUUUAAAGUUAUCUUUAAAACAAUAACAACUGUAGGGUUAGGGUUUAGGGUUAAGGGUUAGGGUAGCCAGCACAUUUACAACUUAGGGGUUUUUAUUUCGCUAAACAUAACACAGGAUCAGUCAAAGAUUAAUAUUUCAGCUAUUAGCUCAUUUUAGCCUAAAACAUACUGCAAAAGCAGCUUACAUAAUGUCGUUUACCCAAAGCAGACUACAAAUUUUUACAAAAAUCAAUCAUCAUUGCUCAUGGACUUUGAUAUAAAGGGAACUGAAAAUGUUGGAAACAUUUGUUUUUUGUCAGGUCUAAAACCAAUACACUUUCAUAUCUGUUAGCAUUAGCCACAUUUAGCCAAAAGCAUGCUAGAAAGUCUUGUUCUCAAAGCUUCAAGACCCUAAGUUAAUACAAAAACUGCAAACAUCCUAAAUAAACUGAGGAACCUAACAUCUUCAUAAUAUUUUGUUAAACAAUCAGCUAUUUCCUUCUUUGACGUCUAUGCUAUGCUAACAUAGCUAAGCUACGUAAGCUAACCAGCCACAGCGACUUCUUCUAUAAACAGUCAAGCACAUUCAUGACUUUAGACUUCUUGUUUACUUUAACAUUUAUAUUACAAAUAAAACAGAAAAAUGUAACAUUUAUUAGUAGAUACAUGCUUAAUUAACGCUAUUUUACAUAAAUUAUAACAACUGUAUGUACAAGUGAAGGAGUUAAAUUGCUAAAAUAGCUAAACAGUGGAGCCUUGAUACAAGCAAAUGGCACCAAUAAUUUAGAGAAUUAGGCUGCUUGUAUAAUUUUGGUAAGACAUUAUGAUUCCCUCUAUUUUCAAAAUGUGAAAGAAUUCGUGUUUUAACACCAGAUCGAAAUGCUAUUUGAGAUUUUUCCACAUGCACAAAUCAACACUUGCAUUUUUAUCACCAUUUAACAAAAGUUGCAUGGUCCCACUUUCAAAGUCAGAUAAGGUUUUAAAUAUUUUAUUGAGGAAAAAAACAACUUAAUUUUAGAAGUUCAGGAGCAGGAUCACACCUCAAACACCAAAUUAUUAAAAAUCAAAAUGAAAAAUUUGCUUUUAUCCGAUUGACUGGCAUGGUUGUUGCUCUUGAGCUUCGAAAAAUAACAUUAAAGUGUGUGAAUCUUUUGCAACGGCUUUUAAUGUUCUUUUAAAAAUAUGUUCUUCCUUUAGAUAUACAGUACAUACCAAAGACUUUUUAAAUAAAUUGUAACUCAUGAAAAUAUAACUAUAGCAUGAUCCAAUUAUCUCAACUCCACUGCAGUUUAAUGCUUAAGUUGUAAAAAGUGAAAGUGCGAAUGAACCAGACAGAAAUCCCUUUGUGUAUAUUGCAUAUUUUAAGGAGCAAACCACAGAAACGACUUCAAAUCAUCUGCUUAUGAAUCACUCGAACAUUUCAGUCUGUCAAUUGUGUGAAAUAAUCAAAAAAGACUUAAGCACGGGAGGACGUGUGUGAGUCAUUCAUGACUCCCUGAAGUGUUUAAUGAGUAAAUGUAUUUUCCUGAAGCUCACUGUCCAAGAAACUGUUUAAUUACAGCCCUGUUAUUUAUGGUGCUUGAUUGCCUUCUGUAGGGAAAAAUACUGACAAACUGUUCACCAUUCCUGCUGAAUAAACCACUUGUCAACAUCACAGAAAUGUCUGGAGGCUGCUUUUAUUCAACACUCACACGCUACACCUUGAAAAAAAGCUUUCAAAGCCCUUAAUCUUUAUCACACAGGGCCGGUCCAAAGCCUUUUGGAGCCCUGAGCAGGUUUUCAUUUG